AUGAAGGAGAUCUUCGUAGGCAAACUACUGGUGCAGUUCGGCGAGGCCGCUGGAACGGCGGGUCAGUUCGCGGGGGGUUUGGGAUUGGAAGUCCAAAUUGGAAGUCCAAGAGUGCACGAAGAGCUUGCGCUCGCUCGUGACCAGAUGUACUCCGACAACUCCUACGCUUUCCGAGGGACCCAGCGCCGGCAUGGGAAACCUUGGGUGCGGAGGUCGUGGCUGGCAUUUGCACUUGCGGGGAGACCACGGACGACCUCUCGAAGCUGGCUUUCCGCUGGGUUAAUAAUGCGGGCGGUCGAGGCUGGGGCGGGAGCCAACAUCUUGUCUUUGCAGGACAUCGAAGCUCAACAUCCUCUUUCGUCCACGCGCGAGGUGGGGUGCAGUUCACAAGACGAUGACAUGCUGCCCCUGACCCGCCGGUAUUUCCACGGCCCCGUCGCCGACAGCCAUAAAUCCGGGAGGCCGAGCUCCAGAAGGCCAGGUGUGCCAGCCAAAGGGGGGGCGGACGCCAGUCAGCACGAGAAAAAAUGCCGGGAUGGCACUGAACCGCUAGCUUGCAAUUUACGACGAGAAGGUUCUUGGAGUCGUCACCGAUUCUCUGUGCGCUCAAGGCAUCCAUUUCUUCUGCCAUCUCGCCGCGUGCAGGCUGUCUCUCCUGUAUCUUCAGGCCAGCUUGCCCUUUCUCAGUCACCUGUUUUGUGUCCUUUCGGAGUUUUCUAUUCCAUCCACUACAAUUUUCCUUGCAUGGUACUGGACCUUGCAAAGCUUCUUCGCCAGCCUCCCCACCACCCGCACCCUUCACAUAUACCCCCAUCCAGCGCGUUCUUUGGCGGCCAUAGUCGUCAAAUGAACCUGCAACAUCGCCGCGCUCUGAGAAUAAUAUCUCACCCUUCGAAUUUGAAGGGUUCCUUCCACCUCGCGCGCCAGAGUCUUGCGAAAGGCUUUACCCAUGGUUAUGCUCAGUCAGUGGUCGCUGGUGUCUCGCAAAACAACCCGCUAGCCUCGUUCCACUCGCAAGAUCGAUUCCGCAAAACUAGCGCACAAAAACAGCAGCAUGCCUUUGCUUCGACUUCUACGACAGGCGCCGUCAAGGCGGCUGCCCAUGCUGACCAUCAAGACUCCGGUUUAGCUGCAUAUUAUGCAGCAUGGCAAAAGCAUCAACGCGUCGAAGAUAAAGAAUGGUCGCAGUUCCAAUUUCGAAAGCUUAUUGAGUGGAAGCCUCAAUCGACGGUGCCCAAGAGUCAGGCCGAAUCAAAAGAAGCCAGUGUCGCUAUCGAGGAGUCGGCGGAGCCUGUGCCGCCACGUGCCGGUGUCAGUCGCGCAUACAGCACAAGCACCGUUGACGACUUCAAAAAGGUUGUGCGUGACGAAAAGGCGGAGGAAGUAGCACUCGCCCAAGUGGAUGAGGCAAUCGCGCAAGAGGCCGCAAAAUUCAAGGCCGAGGUUGAAGUUGCCGUUCCCCCAGUUGAGCAAGAAAACUUGUCUCCAGUAGAGGAGGCACGUUCAGAGUCACCCGCCACCGUCUCGGAUACCCUUGUUGAUUCCACCACAUUAAGCCGCACCGAUUCCAACUUUGCCGCGAGUGUCUCUGACGUAGAUACGUACACCGAGCAGCUCCAAAAGCUCGCGGAACAGCGCCACUAUGCCGAGAUUCCAGCUAUAUUCGAGUCGAUGCUUGUUUCUGGUGUUAAACCAUCAGUUUCAUCAUACAAUGUACUUCUCUCUGCGGCGAUCAAUCUUCCAAAGACCAAACAUCAGGUCGUGCCCAAGGCUCUGGACGUCUACUCUGACAUGCUCCGUCGCCGAGUUGUUCCCAACAUCGCAACCUACACCUCACUCAUCGAGCUUCUUUCCGUACGAUCCUUGGAAGUAGUUUCUAUGAAGCAAGGUUUGGAAGAGAAGCGAGUACGAUAUGGCGGCAUGGAAGAGGAGGGCAGGUUCAUGCUUCAUUCCAACGAGACCGAGUUUGAUAUUUUGUCCGAAGAUGGAUCUCUUUCGAUUGCCGUCAAGCUUUUCGAUGCUGCUGUCAGUGCUGAAGCCGGCCGCGACCUCUCUGAGAAGACUUACCGUCUCCUGGUCACCGCUUGCGCUGAAGGCGAACGUGUUGAGGACAUGGUACGAAUCUAUGCGCACAUGGAAUCCAGGCAUGUAGUUCCGGCCGCGGAUAUGUUUGUGCCUAUGAUCCACGCUUUUGGCAAAAUCGGUGAUUUGAAGAGCGCUGUCGAAUGCUAUGACGAGUACAAGGCAUUGGCUAUUUCGCACGACAAGGGAGAAAUCAAUGUGUCGCGAAAAGACAAUGAUGUUUACGCUGCUCUAAUCAGAGCAUACACAAUCUGCGGCCGACAUGAAGGCGGACAGAAAUUCCUCUCAAAGAUCGAGAGUGCUCUCGUUGCUCCGGAAGACAUCACCUCGGUACGCGACAUUGUCAGCUUGAAGGCCUUCCUGCCGGAAUGGUUGAAGAACGACUCCUUCCAGGAAGCUUUCGUCCACGCUGCCGACAUGCUCAGCCCGCAGGCACGUCAUAUCGCCAUGGCUGCCAUUUGCAUUAAGGCUGCUGAUAAAAAUGUAAUGGACGUCGCCACCGAGGCUUUCGAUGCCCUGCCCGCUGAGGUCGAUUUGUCUCGUCCCGCUAUGGCUAUGGGCGCUAUGCAUAUCCGUAAUGGAAACAUUGAGGCCGCAGAUGUGUUCUGGAGAAUGUUGGAGCUUUCUCCUACGAAACCAGACUUCAUCGAACCGACGGCCAUGCACAGCAUUGCUCUCAUCGGAAGUGGUCACGCUGAGCGUGGCCUUCGCCAGGGCCGUCAGAUGUUUGCCCGCAUCCGAGAUUCUCAAGCGGCUUCGAACCAGGCCAAGAUGGAAAUCGUUGAGCACAUCGACGAGGCCGUGGAAGUCAUUGGACACUUUAUGAUUCGGCGAUCCAUCAUCCUCCCACCACGGGCUAGCAUGGAGUUGAUGUGGUCGAUGAUUGAGAAUGGCGGCCUGGUCACUCCAGUUGCACACCACUUGCUUGCCGGUAUGGGCCCGGAGGCUAUCGCUCAGCUCAGUUUCGAGGAUAUCACUCUUUUGAUGCAGAUCCAAUCUGGUAUAAUUCUUAACGACGCUGAAGUCGACGUAUCCCACGCCGCCCGAUUUGCCCACCUACUCGAAGUCAUCGCCUCCACUGGCUCGCCAGUGAAUAAGUCUACUGCUAGUCUCGUCGAGAAGGUACUCGUUAAGCUUGACCGCGGGGACCUACAGCAUCGAUGGUACAACUAUAAGCAUCCUGCCCCGGAACCGAUCUACUCACCCGCCGCGUUCACAGCUUACCCGGCUCAAACAGCACCUGUCCCUGCAGCAUCUACAUUUGAGGACUCCUAUGAUCCCUACGCUGCCACCACUGACAAUAAGGGUUCCGUUACCAUUACCGAGCUGCUCGAGAAAACCCAUGGCAGAUCUGCAUCACACCUCAAUGAGGCUUUGAUGAAGUUCAAGAACAUGCGCCGCGCAGGACGGCAUCCUCGAUUUUUCACCUACGCCAAACUGAUCAACGCUGCUGCAAAGGAAGACCGCUUGAACCUCGCUCACGACAUCCUCAACCUCGCUAAGCAGGACGUACCUCUCCUUCCUCAGUACCGAAUUGUCCGCUACGGAUGGGUUACUAUCCUAGACGCCAUGGUCGCCGCCUGUCUCACUACCGGUCAACGUAGUCUCGCUGCUCAGUACCACCAGGAUCUUCUCGACAUGGGCGCUGCACCUUCGGCUAACACCUUCGGUCUCUACAUCACGACACUCAAAGAAUCAACGAAGACCUUUGAUGAAGCGACCGAGGCCGUAAAAAUCUUCCUCCGCGCAAAAGCUGAAGGUGUCGAGCCCUCGUCCUUCCUGUACAACGCACUCAUCGGUAAGCUUGGAAAAGCACGCCGUAUCGACGACUGCCUAUUCUACUUCUCCGAGAUGCGGAAUCUGGGUAUCCGUCCUACGAGUGUGACAUAUGGUACCAUUGUGAACGCGCUGUGCAGGGUAAGUGACGAGAAGUUCGCGGAAGAGUUGUUUGAAGAGAUGGAGAGCAUGCCGAACUAUAAGCCCAGACCUGCACCAUAUCACAGUAUGAUGCAAUUCUUCCUCACGACGAAGCGCGAUCGGAGUAAAGUGCUGGCGUACUACGAUCGUAUGCGGUCGAAGCGGAUUGAACCCACCACGCAUACCUACAAGCUCCUCAUCGAUACAUAUGCUACCCUUGAGCCAGUUGACAUGGAAGCUGCGGAACGCGUCCUCGAGCAAAUCCGUCAAGCGGGCGCUGUCCCAGAAGCCGUACACUACUCAUCCCUGGUCCACGCGAAAGGGUGCGUUCUCCAUGACAUGGAAGGCGCACGCAAGCUCUUCGACACCAUUCUCGCCGACUCCCGUGUCCGUCCCCAAGCAUGUCUCUACCAAGCCCUCUUUGAAGCCAUGGUCGCAAACCACCAGAUCUCCGACACGCAGCCCAUUCUCUCGGACAUGAAAGCACGCCACGUAGAAAUGACUCCCUACAUCGCAAACUCGCUGAUCCAUGGCUGGGCUCUCGCUCACGACAUUGAAAAGGCGAAAGCUAUCUACGAUUCGGUAUCCAAGGACAAGCGCGAACCAAGUACCUACGAAGCCAUGACACGUGCAUUCAUGGCUGUCGAAGACCGCGCCAGCGCAAUGGCUGUCGUCAACGAGGGUCUUUCUCGCGGAUACCCAGCUGCUGUCGCAGGCAAGAUUCUCGAGUUGUUGCUAACGACACUUCUUCCCCCUCGGUUUAACCACCGGGGCUCCAUAAUCAUAUACCUAACGGAACGGAACGAAACCAUUUCCUUUGUUCAUCAUUUCCUUGUGAUUUGGUGCGUGCAGCUGGGCCAACUUUCUUUCGUUACCCGUCGUGGACCCUGUCUGUCCGUCUUUCAAAAGUCGCUUUUUCAACAGAAUGGGAUAUCCCUCACCCAUCAUGCAUUCCAUAAUCGCAAGCGAGCGGGAGGCGUACUUAAUAUGUGGCAAGCUCGUGCAUAUAUGGCGAUUAGCAUCGGGAGUGCAUGGCAUGGGGCGGGAUUAAGCUUGAUGGCGUAUUUGGGGCAUUGUCUUGCGCUUGCAUUGACUGAGUUGUGCGUAUUUACAAGAUUACCGAAUGAGACUCGAUUCUGCGUGCGAGCGCAGGAUAGAGUUGUUGUCUUGAGUGAGGGUUACGGCAUGGUCCAUCCCACAGUAAGCGUCGACGAUGUUGGUAAACUAAAGCUCACUAACGUCCCACUUGACCAGCCAAGUAAAAAUAGAAAAACGGAAACCUUGGGCCUGCCAGCGGAGGAACGGCGGAGAACCCGUUUCGGAAUCUUGAGCCUAUAUUUUGUUAAGCCGAAAACUAAUGUUGAGGCGAUUCUGAAUGUCAGACUCAGGCUUGUCACCUCAGCGAGUUUUGGGGUUUGGGAGGGUUAUGUAGAUGUCUUCGAAAACUUUAAUUCCAGAAGGAGGUUGGAAAGAAUUUGUGGUGGUGAAAGACUGCGGAGCGGCAAGGCUUCUCUCUAUGACAAGGAAUCUCUAGUUCUUGUUUACAAUUGCACACUAAUCCUGGGACCCAGUGACUAUGCUUACGUGAAUGUCAUUCAGGUUUGA